AUGUGGGGUGUACCCUUGCCGGAUGCUGAUGAUCGCGUGCCCGAGGCGGAGGAAGAUCUGGAGUCGAUCUCCUCUCUAUCCACCGUGAUGUGGGAGGAUGUCAUGCGUGAGACGUCCGAUCUAUUGGCUAUGGCGGAAAACGAGUCAACGCCGGACUUAGCCGCUCUGCUUGUGCCCUCGGGUAGUGGCUUCGACGAGGUUCCGGACGGCCGUGGCAAUGUAGUGCCGUUACCGGAUGAGUUGCUGGAGGACUUUCCGUCCGAUGAAGACGACACUAGCUUCAUCGAAGAAUUCAGGGAUCCUUCCGGGGAUCCUGAUUUUUCCGAAGGC